GAGAGCGAUCAAAUACCACAGAAGUCAGUCGUGCCCGGACCGAGCCGUAUAUACUGCCUUCUACUCCUCGCCACCGAUUCACGUUGUUGCAGAACCACAAGAAACCUAUCAGAAUGUCUCGAGAAAUUAUGGUACCAGUGAAGAAGUCUGACUGGAGUUUCUUUGAUCGUCAGAGAACGGUUUUUAAAUCACGCUACACGAAAACCACUACGACUGUGAAAACAUCCUCAACGUCAACGACAUCCAAGUCUUCAAACACUGGUAACUCUAAAGCGCUGGACAAGGCGGCUUCUCAAGCUCUCGAUGUCUUCAACGAGCCCAUGGACAAAACGUUUGAAGCUGAAAUGAAGGCGUUUGAAGAAGAGCUUAACAGUUUGAAAAGUAGCAUGUUCAAACUGACAGGGGACUCUUCCAUGCUGAAAGUGGACAAGCCUAUCGUGGAGGAUCUGGAAGGAAGGAAGAAACUUGCUCUCCGUUUUGAUGUUAGUGAAUUUAAACCGGAGGAAAUCACAGUGAAAGCGGUGGACAACAGGUUGAUGGUUGAAGCUAAGCACUCUGAGGUGACCCCUACCAAGAAAGUGUACCGCGAGUACACCAAGCAGUACAUCCUGCCCCAGAAGAUCGACCCCGAGAAGUUAUCCUCAAUCCUCUCUACGGAUGGGGUCCUGGACAUCGAAGCCCCGGCACCAGACUCCCUGGAGGCCUACAAAGAGAGGAUCUUACCCAUGCUCAGCUUGGACUUUUAAUAUAUGCUAAUUUAUUACCGAAUUAUUCAUUGUUUCAUUAUUGUAUUACCACAGUGUUUAAACCAAUGAUCGCGUGACACUCGCAACACUGGGUAUUAAAGAUCUCUUCGAAAGGAAGUUUAUGGAACAUCUUUGUAACUGUUCGUUGCCAGGCAUUCUGAAGGACAUUGCCUAGGACAUAGACCAAGAAGAAUUUGAACCUGUAUCUUCACGUGUAAUUUACAACUUAUUGUGUUAAAAUGUUUAAAUUGGCUCAUCCAACCCGUAUUUAUCGCAAAUGUGAGGAGCAACUCCUGUGAGAUGAUAGCUCCAAUCUGUGGCGGAGGCUCGUACCCAGGAGAGUGACAUUUUCACCGGGCCUAAUUGGCUCAAGGACAGAAAGUAAAGGUAAAAUCCACACGUGAAAUGUCAAGUUUGUUACCUUUGACUUCUACAGGUCAGAUUCGUGAGUGAGGCGUCUGUAUCGUGUAUAGAAACAGACGAAAUCUUAUUUUUGUACACUUUACACUAUCUCAAAGUAAGACGGAAUAUGUUAGCAUUAAAUUGUGCCAAUGUUCGCUAUC